GCAUUAGAAUGAAACGCACAUUUCGGGGGGUUCUUUUUUCUGAUAAAAGUAUGUCCUCUAGUUAGAACUCGGGUGCGCUCUCGGGGGGCUCAUUUUGCUCCAGUUCACCGCCGCUCAUUCAUGGUUUCUAAAUUCGAAGCUUUUCGGUUCUCGUUGUACCUAUUUCUUGCGUCCAUGCGGUGAGCUGAGCCGGAGCGGUAGUAGCUCGACGAAGAGUAAGAUUUUUCAGUUUAGUUAGCAUCGAGAGCUCGCGCCGAGUAGUCGAAGUUUUCGUCGUCGUCCUCGUCGUUGUUACCGUGCGUGUCUACCGGAGGCAUCUCUGAGAGCAGUGAACGCAACGCUGUUCUGUCUGCAGAUCAUUCUAUGAUUCUAACAAACGCUCUAUAUACUUAGAGGACUGCUGCAGGAUACAGUUGGAGUUCACAUUUGUUCGGCGCAAUUGUGUUCUAAACGAGCCGGUUUCGUGUCUGCUAUCGACGGCUUUGGAUUCGAUGGUAGGAAAUUCAGAACUCACAAGUGUAUGGAAAUUAAAUUAAGUCCAAGAAUCGUACACAUAAUGUAGCUCGUUGUCGUGCUACUAUAAUGUAGUGCUUACCAGUCGAGGAUAUUCUGUGUGAAAGUGAAACCAGAUCAAAACAAAAUGGAUCUGUAGAUUGUUGAUGUACUGUUAUAUACUCACUUUUGAGAAGGAUUCGUGGAAAACACCUCAGAAUUCGUCGAAUUCACGACAAGUUGGUAGAACAGUCCCUAGAGCUAGUCGACAGAACAGCACAAUUGUUUAUGUUUUCCGUUGCCUCCGUUGGCCAUCUCCGAGGAUAGCGUCGUGAGUUUACGUUUAGCCUUGUGGUGCUGAUAAAAAUACACCAACAAAAAAAAUUGUCAACGGCAAUAAAUUUUUUGCGGGAAGUGGAAAGCAUCGACCGAAGAGCAGAUACUUACUGCGUGGAAAGGAAAUCUAACGUAAUAAGUGCUCAUGGUACGUACGUAGGUGUGCGAUUGCGAAGAAAAUAUCACAAGAAGGUGAUGGUGAUAAGUGGUAACGCUGAAGCUUGUGUUUUCUUCAAUUAAUUCAAAAGAAAAAAAAAGUGUGCUUCGGUGGUGGAAUAAAAUGUGAUGAUUUUUAUUUAGAAAACCGUGAUAUUAUACUAUUACCUCUCCAUAGAGUGUUUGUGGCGACCAAGUGAAAUCGGGUAAAAGUACAGAAUAUUUCAUCAGUAUCAUCAAAAUCGAUCUGGGAUAUUAGUAAUUAAUGUUUAAAUUAGCUUAGAUUCAUCCAAACCUGUAUAGCUCGUAAUGAAGCCACCGUUGCAAAGGACGAUGUUGCGCAUAUUUUUUCUGGUGGUAUCUUUAGUGGUUAGCCUUGUCCAAUCGUAUCUGCCGGAAAUGACAAGUUUGACCACCGAACAGGUCGAAUAUGAGUGCUUUCCUACACAUAUGAAAGAAAAUCAGCUGCCUCGCUUCGCCUCCCGCAACCAAAACGACUCGAUUGCGAUCCAAGUGAGCCGGCGCUACACCCACCAGAUCAUCUCCCGCAUCUACGGCAUCUUUCUGCGGGAGAUUCUCGGCUACCGCAACGUGAAACUGGUUGACCUGUACGAGCGAAUGCAUGACAUCGAACGGGAGCGGCUGUUUGUCACCCUGGAAAACCUUGUGUCAGAUGGCACCAAUUGGCCGGAACCGACCAUCGAUUUGGAAGUAUGGAUGCUGUCGGACUAUCACAUCAUUCCGCCGGAAAUUGAGGAAGCCGGUUCCAUAACGCACCCGGGUCGAUUUGGACUCUUUAUUCCGAAGCCGCUGAUCCGGAAGGAGGAUAUAUUUCCGAAGCUGUACCCUUACACCAUGUUCCAGGAAGAUCUUAACAAUCCCAAGUAUUACGAGUUGAUCAAAAAGUUCGAUGUGGCGGAUGGAGUGCUGGAAGUGCUGAAGAGUUGGGCUGAGAGGAGUUGCAAAAACGAAAAUAGAUGCAAUCGAGACGGGAUGUAUGUGCCGGAUCAGUGCAAAGAGGGUAAGAAGUGUGCACUUGUGCUGGCGCCGCAUUACGAGGAUACAAAGUUCAUUAUAAAACACAUCGAUGAGCUAAAGUUUCAGCUGAAGGUUAUCUGGCUAGGAGGUAAAAUAAAACUUGGCAUCAAACAUCUGAUGAGCGUGUACGGAAGCGACAGAAAGAGUUCAAAAAAGUUCCUCGUGCUACAUUGGACUCCGUCGGAGGUAAUCGACAGUAAAACGAUGGAAUAUGUACCAGUCACAAUGCCACGCUGUGAAGACAUCGUCGUUAGCAAUAACACUGGCUGCAAGUACGAACUGACGCCGUUGCUCAAAUACCAUGCUCACGAGUUUGAAUCAUCUCAACACGCUCACCAGUCGCUGGUCAGGGUGUACUUUGACACGUCUGGCAUACAAGCGCUAAUCGAUUUGUAUGACAAGUACGAACCGCAGAUUCUGCGGGCACGCGAUGAGACAAAUUUGGAGUAUGACGAACAUGCUGUUGCUAGAUACUACAACCAGAUAGCUUGUGAAUGGCUGAAAACCAACGAACCGGCUUGGCACAAGUGGAAACCCAAGGGGGAGGAGAAAGAAGAAAUUUAUAUUGGCGGAAUUUUCCCUCUAUCAGGACUUGGCCGGGCAUAUUUGGGAAUAAUGCCCGCGGCAAUUAUGGCCCAGCAAGCGAUCAAUAGUAACGUAACAAUUCUGCCCAAUCACAAGUUAAUUAUCCUGAAAAGUGAUGGCCAGUGUCGCGCAGACAAAGUUAUGAAAAACUUCAUCAAUUAUUACAUCAUGCAGGAAAGGAUGAUUGGCGUCUUGGGACCGGCUUGCAGCGAUACCGUCGAACCAAUUGCAGGCGUUUCCAAACACUUCCGAAUGGCUGUAAUUUCCUACUCCGCCGAGGGAGCUUUCCUGUCCGAUCGGGAAACAUAUCCGUACUUUUUCCGAACGAUCGGUGAAAACCGGCAAUAUGGGCACGUGUACGUACGGCUCCUGCAGCAGCUGAACUGGAAUCGGGUCGCCGCCCUGACUGAAGAUGGUCAAAAAUCCACCGAAUACAUUUCGCACAUGGAAUCGAUGCUGAAGGAGAACCACAUCGAGCUGAUAUCGAACAAAAAAUUCCCUAGGGAUCGGGGAGAUACCGAAAUGAAUCAGUAUCUCCUGGAUCUGAAAACGAAAAAUGCACGAAUCAUCAUAGCCGACGUCGACGACAAGGUGGCACAAGUUAUCAUGUGCGAAGCUUACAGACUGGAGAUGACGGCAGAGAAUGGAUACAUUUGGUUCCUACCGGUGUGGCUCACGAACCUGUGGAACCUCAGCAACGACAGUCCCAUCCGAUCGAUGGUCCGAUGCACGCGACAGGAAAUGCUCAAAGCCAUCAACGGACAUUUCUCCUUGGCGCAUGCUCCCUUCGCCGACAGCCAGAGGACGCUGGACACAAUUGAGGGGACCGUCGGCAAAUGGAGGUCCGAUUAUCGGGAAACGCUGCGCAGGCACAGCUAUAUGGAGUCCGAUUACGCCGGCUAUGCUUACGAUGCAGUUUGGGUUUACGCGCUGGCGUUGGAUAGAUUGAUACGGGAGGAUCCUUCCUACCUGAGCGAUCUGCAUUCGAUAAAAACUACCAAGCGAUUGAUGGAAGUGAUACGGGCGACGGACUUUCAAGGAGUUUCUGGAAGGAUAAAGUUCGGUGACGAGGGAUCACGAUACACCAUUAUCAACGUGCUACAGUGGAUCAACGGAACGCCGAACAUCGUGGGACAGUUUACUCCCAAUAUUUCGGAGAGCAAGUACAAGCUUUUGGGAGGUUCGCUUGCCUUGAACCAAUCCGCGAUCGUUUGGAUGACGAAGGAUGGAAAAACUCCGGAGGAUGGCGCACUGGAUUGUACAUUGAGUGGACUGGCCAGAUUUUUUGGAAUGGGAUGUGACGGUACGGUGUACGUGCUUGUAGGUUGCUUGUGUGUCAUGACGAUCGCGAUCAUUUCGUUGGCUUCGUUCUGCUAUUUUCAAGUCCGAUAUGAUCGAAAGAUGAAGCAUUCGGCGAAGUAUUUGCAAAAGUUUGGCAUCGAUUUACUGUCGCCGUCAUCUAUUCCGGUGAAUACGCUGGAUAAGUGGGAAGUACCCAAAGAUAGAGUUGUGAUCAAUCGUAGGCUUGGCGAAGGUGCAUUCGGAACCGUUUAUGGUGGGGAAGCGCAGAUCGGAGAUGAAGGUUGGACUGCUGUGGCUGUGAAGACAUUGAAAAUUGGUUCAACUACGGAAGAUAAAGUAGAUUUCUUGUCUGAAGCGGAGGCUAUGAAGCGAUUUGACCAUAACAAUAUUGUUAAACUAUUGGGAGUAUGUUUGCAGACGGAACCAGUGUAUACGAUCAUGGAGUUCAUGCUAUAUGGUGAUCUUAAAACGUAUCUUUUGGCUCGUCGUCAUUUAGUCAACAGUAAACAAUCUGAGGACUCAGAUAUAUCACCCAAGCGGUUGACAAUGAUGGCAUUGGAUGUUUCACGUGCUUUAUCAUAUCUUGCCGAACAGAAAUAUGUGCAUCGCGAUUUGGCAUGUCGUAAUUGCAUGGUGAACGCACAAAGAGUCGUCAAACUAGGCGACUUUGGAAUGGCGCGACCUACUUUUGAGAACGAUUACUACCGGUUUAAUAGGAAGGGUAUGUUACCGGUACGGUGGAUGGCACCCGAAUCACUUGCAUUAGGGAUAUUUACACCAGCGUCGGACGUUUGGUCUUACGGAGUAUUACUUUAUGAAAUCAUUUCUUUUGGAUCGUUCCCUUACCAAGGAAUGACAAAUAACCAAGUUCUUGAACAUGUUAAAGAAGGCAAUUGUUUGACGAUACCUACUGGCGUUAAACCUCAGUUGGAAGGUCUUAUGAAAGCUUGCUGGAACCAAGACUACAAAAAACGACCAAGUGCUUCGGAAGUAUCUGAAUUUAUUGCAAACUAUCCAAGGCUUUUGAGUCCUUGUCUAGAUGUUCCACUGGCUUCGGUACAGAUGGCGGAAACCGAUAGUGAUCAAUUCGAGCUAUUACCAGGACUGCGACGGCGGAAAGAUGAACCUACUGCAGAUCUGUUAUUAGGAACUUCACAAAUGAACGAUCUCAAUCAAACGACAACCGGAUACACUAAAAUGAACAUGCGAAGGGGAAUUAAUCUCAACGAUCUAAACGUUGAUACCGAUUUCCGAAGAAAUACACUGCCCAAUGCAGAAACAACCACUACUACCACCAACGGAGGCGUUACCCUAAAUAUGUACAAUCCUGUUGAACCGUUACUGCAGCGUCAACCAGAAGUAGCCAAGAGCAGUAACAAUAUACUUCGCUACGUACCAAUGUUCGGACUCGGAAGAAACAAGGCUCCUGUUUUAAUCACUCAUGAUAAUGGAUCCGUUACAAUUGGCAGUCGGAGCACCAGCACCAGUGUAUUAUAGCAGGAAACAACUGCCGGAAUGCCACCAACCCAAAAACCAAAGGAGACUCCUGAUGAGUCUGAUGCAAAAUAGUGCUAAGAACAAAGGCAUAUAUUAAACAUCAAAUGAAUCUUAGAGAUGUUCAUUAAUCUCUGUGCUAGGAGCAUUUUUAGAAUUGUUUUAGUGAAAUGAUUUAUUUCUACAAAUACAAAUGAAUUCUAGCUUCUGUGUUAGCUAUAAAAAACGCUGUACAGAAAAACACAAAUCGAACACUUUAGUACAAAUAUCAUGCCGUCCGAGAGGAUUGGAAAGCCGUAAGACAACGAGCAGUGCCGAUUCAAUGUAUUUCUUACAUUUAUGAAUGCAGCACUGUGCGAUGUCACGAGUUUCUAAACUCUGCAUGCCAAAAAAGGAAAUUAACAGUUUAAAACUGAAGCCAAAUAGUGUAUAUACUAGAGCAAACGUGCAUUCAAAUUCUUCAAUCAAAAAUUAUGAUUCAAAACUAAAAGACAUUUCAUCUCUAUUAAACUAGUGUUAAUUACAAAAUGGAACGUAAAACGAUCUGAUGAAAUCGAGAUUAUAAAUACCUGUUUGACAGAAUAAAUUAAAGUUGACCUUUAUCAGUAAGAAGAAUCAUCAAAAACUAGUCGGCUACAGCCGUAGCAGUUAGAGGGUUGCUCUAGAGAGCGUAUCCUCAACAUAGGUAUCCGUGUAGCCUGUAGGACAACAAAACGAAACUAUAAAAGUUAACCAUUUAGCUCUUCAGCGUACAAUAACAAACAACCGCAUCAAUCUGAUCAAAAGAAAAUACCUCAUGCAUAGCAGGCAACAGACGAUUUUUUUUAAGAAUUUUACACAACAAUUGAGCCUCAAAGAUACAAUUUUCUUCUGCACGACUAUACAAUAAAUGAUAAAUCUAGGAUCAACGAAAGACUGAUUACCACCUAAGCCGCAGAUUAGUGGCACGCACAAUAGAUCCGUUUCUAGUGAGAAUCAUAUAAUCUAUCAGCUAA